AUGCCACCAUUGCGGGACCGAAACCUGCCCGCUUCCUUCUUCCGGUCGCCGAGCUCGGCAGCAGCAGACCGCAUCGACAGUAGUGCCAUGUCGGAAGCAGGUGCCUCGCAUUCGCGCGACUCCUCCCUCGACUCGGGCAUUUCCUUCGUGCCGCACCAGCCCCAAUUGAUCAUGAACGGAUCCACAUUUCCCCCGGUUGCCUUCCACUCGCGGCAGUCUUCUGCCGGCUCCAGCGAACCAACGUCCCAAAGUCAUAACCUGCAACAGCAACAGUUGCUAUUAUUGCAGCAGCAACAGCAACAGCAACAGCAACUUUUGUACCAGCAGCAACAGCAACAAUUAUCGCUUCCACAGCAGUCUGGACAGAUGCCAGGGCAGUCGCCGGGUCUGCUCGUCCCCAUGUACAACCAACUGCAACACUCCUACCAAACUUCGCAAUCGUCGCCAUUCCCACCGGCCACACCGUCGUCUGCACACUCGUCAACCUUCUUUUCGCGAGAGCCGUCCAUCUCGUCGUUUCUCGAAAUGUCGCUUCACUUUGAGCAGCAACAACAGCAGCCGCAACAACACUCGCGACCACUGUCACACUCUAAUUCUGGCAACGUUCUGAGCGCCCAGGCGAACAACCCCGGUUUGCCCGCCAGCGGCAACUCGAGUAACUCGUUGCAGCGCUUGUCUGCCUCAUCGCUGGACGAGUCGCCAUUGCCUCCAGGGUGGGAGAAGGGCAUUAAGGACGGCUUGCCAUUCUUUAUCGACCACAACAACAAGACGACCACUUGGGUGGACCCGCGGACAGACCGCGCAACCCCCGGAACGCAGGGCCUGAGCGAGCGAAAGCGCGUUCCAGACGUGCUGUCGGAUCCGCUGCUCAACCCGACGCUCAACCCUCUUCCGGCGGGGUGGGAAAUGGCAAUGCAUUCGGACGGCAUCCCAUACUUUAUCAACCAUCGCAAGCGCACCACGACGUGGAUUGACCCGCGCACGGAUGUGGACAUGCAAGAAAUCUCGCCACGCAACACGCCCUUCUCAUCCUUUGACUCUGCGCUGCCUGAUCCGGGCUAUGACCAGAUGACUGGCAAUUCGUCGCCAUUGGCUUCCUUCAACUUGACCAGUCCGCCUCCGCCAGUCUCGCCUGGCAUCACGGGCAUGGACAGCCAGAGUCUCGCCGGCCUCUCGCAGCGCGAGCUCCAAGCGCGGCGCAUGAUGCUGCAAAAGGAGCAAAUUCGUCUCAAGCAAAUGCAGCUGCUGCAAGAGGAGCUCGAAAUCCAGCGCGCUCAGCGCAACCUCGCCGUUCUAGAGACGACAACGCGCGGCGGAAGCGCCAAGCUGCCCCCGCCGCAGCUCACCGUUUCCGAAUGCCUGACGACGACGACUGCUACCGCGACCGCCGAUGUCACUUCCCGCCGAAGCGAUCAACCCUCUACUCGCCCAUGCAGCAGCUAG